AUGAUGUUCCGAUUUAAACAAAGAAAUUGUCGAUGAUAUAUAAUGGGUCAUGGAGUGUGCAGGAUCACGGUAGAUGGAAGUCUAAUGUGAGAGAGAGAGAAAAGCGUGCAUACAAAAAAACGCAAAAGUAUCGCGUAGUGUCUAACGUACACGUUCAACGAGAAGAAAUGGCAAGUGAAAAGACAUCGCGGGAAUUCGAUUAUUUGGCGUAUAUUAGAGAUUUGUUAAAAAUUACUUAUCCAACUGAAGCAACAUUAUAUCUCGAUGGUAUCUCAGUCGUGGAAACUGUGCAAGUACGGAAUCUUAUAAAAAUUCAAAUACGCCAUCCGAAUGGA